CCGCGGAUGUGAUCAUAAAAAUUCAUGUACCUAUAAGAAUGUGAAUCUUAGUUUGAUUAUAUUUUUCAAGUUAAUCACCUUCAGAAGAAAACAGUGUAGGUAACGCUACACGUUACAUUUGGGACAGUACAUUUAAUUUCUAAUUUGUGGAUACUCUGCAUUGCGUAGUUACUUUAAGCUGUGAAAUUUUAAAUUGUAAAAACAAUUGGAACAUGGAAAAGAUAAGGCAAAAAUGGUUCAUCAAUCUGAUGCUCACUGCGUUCCUGAGUUCUUUCACAGCGUUUGUUGACGGUUACAGCCGAGGUAAGAAUAACGUACCCGUAGCAGACUCCAGACUAACAGAGGAUGACGCUUUAUUUUUAACACCUUACAUCGAAAAUGGGCAAAUCGAAAAGGGACAGAACCUAGCCAAAGUACCACCGAUGCUGAAAAAUGUCAACAGCUUCUCUGGUUACUUGACUGUCAACAAAUCCACCGACUCAAACCUCUUUUCCUGGUUCUUCAAAAGCCAGCAAGGUGACUGGAAGAAAAAACCGCUGGUCGUCUGGCUGCAGGGUGGGCCUGGUGCCAGUUCCAUGUUUGGCCUCUUCACAGAAUUAGGACCAUUUUUUGUGACUAAAAACCAAAAAUUAAAGAGGAGGAAAUACUCCUGGCACCGAAAAUACAAUCUUGUCUUCAUCGACAACCCAGUUGGAGCCGGGUUCAGCUUCACGAAGAAAGAUUCAGGAUACGCGCGUGACGAGACAGACGUUGCCAGAGACCUCUACGAAGCGUUGGUACAGCUCCACAAACUCUUCCCGACUCUACAAAGGAACAAGCUAUUCAUCACGGGCGAGUCGUACGCUGGAAAGUACAUUCCAGCGAUUGGACACAAGAUAUAUCAAGAGAACAAAGUGUCUAAUUUUAAAAUCAAUCUCGCCGGGCUAAUGAUUGGCAAUGGUUGGACCGAUCCAGUCCAUAUCGUCGACCAAUCUGCAUUUUUAUACAGGCUUGGGUUGAUUGACUCGAUGACGAGAGAUGACUUUCAGAGAAAAGAGGAUGAAAUCCGGGAUAAUAUAAGAUCGGGUCAAUACAUGCUCGCUAACGAGCUACGCGAGGAAAAGUGGAGAAGAAUCAAGCAAAUAACGGGGCUGAAAAAUUUGUUUGAUUUUGUAAACGAUAGUGUGGGUGAUUUUCGGCCCGUGAUCAAAUUCAUGAAUGAUUCUAAAAUUCGUAAGGUAAUUCAUGUUGGUAACUGCGCCUUCAAUAAUGGAGAUAAAACCUUCGAAAAUCUCAAAGCGGAUUUAAUGCAGUCCGUGAAGCUCUUGGUGGAAAAGCUUCUGGCAGCAAAGGAGUUCCCGAUUUUGUUUUUUACUGGUCAACUUGAUAUUCUCGUCACUCACGCUCUUAGCGUAGCAUUCUACGAUUCUCUGGAGUGGCCGUGUGCUAGUGAGUAUCAUAAAGCCAAGAGGUGUCAGUUCAAAGUUGGAGCGGAAAUAGCGGGGUAUUACAAAACAGCAGGGACAUUUACGGAGGUCAUGGUGCGGAAUACGGGUCAUAUGGUACCCACUAUGCAACAAAAGUGGGCUUUUGCGCUUAUGGACAGGUUUAUAAUCAAUAGUUCCUCAUUUGUAUGUUAAAUCUGAUGAGAGUCCCGUGCUCCUCCUUUUCACACAAAAUAUUUUUUGUGCUCAUAGGAACUGAUCCAAAAAUAGAUCAUAUGGAAACAAAUUCAAAUCAAUAUGUGACUUGAUUGAUGAAAAAAAACUUCAUCUCCUGUUAGAAAUUAACCUAUAUUUUUGCGAAUGCUUGGAGGAAGAAAAUGGAAAUUUUGGCGCAAGUCUGACCUUGGAAUUUGAAAAUUUGAAGGAGAUUAAAGCCCUGAAGCCCGGAAACAAAAACUUUUAGGUCAUGGAUAAACGUUGUUAAGUUUUUUUUUAAGUAUAAUUUUUUCUCCAGAGGAAACGUCCUUUCUCUUCGAUUCGGUCACACAAUUUUUUACAACUGUCGUCACUCUUUGAUAAGAAAAUAUAUAAAAAACUAAGUGAAAAACUUUGCCGAAAUAUUGUUUUGCAAUUUGUCUGAUGAAAUCUUCACUUUAUAACUCAACUACAAAUAAGUACGAAAGAGAAAAAAAAACACUAAAAUAACGUAGUGCUCCUAUUCAUCUGCCUCAGCCCCCCCCCAUAUCAGUCUUUCAUUAAUACUUAUUAGAGUUCAUACUUUUUACUCUAAUGAAAAUAUUGGUAAUUUUUUGCCUUGAUUUACCCAUCGAAUGGUGAAGGUCCAGCACUAAUCCCCAAUCCUGUUACUUACAAAGUGAACAGUGUUUUAAAGUUUAAAGAGAGGUGGUAAUCAUAAAGCUCUACAAAUAGAGCGUCUUGGACGUUGCCAGCUCCUUUUCAAACAAAGAAAAAAUAUAAUUUUGUUUGUGUAUGGACUCAUACAAAUGUGAAAAAUUGGUCAUUAGAAACACAGUUUGAACCUAAAGAAGCUCUCGGUUUAUUUUAUCAGGGAGGAAUUAAGUGGGAUUCACAAUAAUCUUUAAUUGAGAUUUCAAGCAUUACCAUUUGGACGCAUUUCUGCCAAACGGAACUAUGUGCAUCAUGAUAUCAGCCCUGUUAUACACUUAUUCUUAUAGGACGCAGGGCUCAUGUCCUAAUACGUGUAGUUCAGUUUGAUAGAAAUACGUCCAUUUACAUAGGGGUAUCAGUUUUCUGUUCAUUUGAUGCUAUGCAAUAAAAAAUCAUUCAAUUCAUGACUUCUUCAUGAUGUUAAUAAGUUGGACGAUUAAAAUUUAAAAGCUUUUAAAGUGAAACAGCACAUUAGGGCGUUGUAUUUUUCUUCUCAUUAAUGCGCGAACUCAAUUGUGCGGAUUUACCUCUAGUGUGGUGGCUGUUCCUCAACGUUGUGAAAUAAUACAUUGACCGUCAAAUGGUUUAAUUAUGUACGUAUCAAGCCAGAGAUAUUUGCUGAUUUUAGCAUUCUUUACGGUCUUGAGUUUGAUUUCCGGUUUCAUCGACGAUUAUGGCCGUGGCAAGAAUAAUGUACCAGACGUAUCUUCCGGAUUAACGCAAGACGAUGCUCUGUUUUUAACACCCUACAUCGAAAAUGGGCAAAUCGAAAAGGGACAGAACCUAGCCAAAGUACCACCGAUGCUGAAAAAUGUCAACAGCUUCUCUGGUUACUUGACUGUCAACAAAUCCACCGACUCAAACCUCUUUUUCUGGUUCUUCAAAAGCCAGCAAGGUGACUGGAGGAAAAAACCGCUGGUCGUCUGGCUGCAGGGUGGGCCUGGAUCCAGUUCCAUGUUUGGCCUCUUCACAGAAUUAGGACCAUUUUUUGUGACUAAAAACCAAAAAUUAAAGAGGAGGAAAUACUCCUGGCACCGAAAAUACAAUCUUGUCUUCAUCGACAACCCAGUUGGAGCCGGGUUCAGCUUCACGAAGAAAGAUUCAGGAUACGCGCGUGACGAGACAGACGUUGCCAGAGACCUCUACGAAGCGUUGGUACAGCUCCACAAACUCUUCCCGACUCUACAUAGUAACAAGCUAUUCAUCACGGGCGAGUCGUACGCUGGAAAGUACAUUCCAGCGAUUGGACACAAAAUAUAUCAAGAGAACAAAGUGUCUAAUUUUAAAGUCAAUCUAGCAGGGCUUAUGAUUGGGAAUGGUAGCGCGGACAGGCUUCAUAUGCUGAAUUACUCUUUCUACUUAUACAAGCUUGGACUAAUAGACUCUCGGACGAGGGAUGACUUCCAGAAAAGAGAGAACGAAAUGCGGGCUCUUAUCAGAUCGGGACAAUACUUGCUUGCCAACGAUAUGCGGAAUAAAGAAUUGAGUGAACUCGAGCAAAAAUCAGGGCUAAAAAAUUUGUAUGAUUUUGUAAACGACGAGAUAGGCGAGGAUGGCCCUGAAAUUAUUUUUAUUAAUAGUCCACAGACCAGGAAGGCAAUUCACGUAGGGAGCUACCCAUUCAAUGACGGAGAUAAAACGUACGAAAACCUUGAAGCGGAUAUAAUGCAGUCUGUGAAGCCCUGGGUAGAAGAGCUCCUUGCAGCGGAGAAAUUCCCGAUUUUGUACUAUAGUGGUCAACUUGAUAUCAUUGUCGCCUACCCGUUAAGCGUAGCAUUUUACGAUUCUCUUGAGUGGCCGCAUGCCAGUGAGUAUCAUAAGGCCAAGAGGUGUCAGUUUAAAGUUAAUGUGGAUGUGGCAGGAUAUUACAAGACGGCAGGAACAUUCACGGAGGUGUUGGUCCGGAAUGCGGGUCAUAUGGUGCCCACUACACAACCGAAGUGGGCUUUUGAACUUUUGGACAGGUUUAUAACAAAUAGUAGCUCUUUCAAGUGUUAAAAUUCAGGAAAGCGUAUAUCAAGGAACAAGCUUUUGCGGGGCUCUAUUAAACGUGUAUCUAAAACAGUGACAAUGUUUAGUACAUGCUUUAUGUGAAUGUUUUGAAACAUGAAGCAAGCUAAUUUCAGCGUGAAGGCAUAAAUUUUAGUUUAUGCGUGGGCUUAAGGCACUGUACAUGUUUUAAUUUGCAUUUCAAAUGCUGUUACAUUGGGUUUUUGGGGUAAUUUGCCCACUUAGGAGCGUUGACUUAAUUAGAUGCACGUGAAAACUCAUUAAACGGAUAAAUUGUUGCUCCUUGUAUCGUAUUUUAAGAAGUAAGGAGCGAAAACGUUGCUAACUCACUUUUUUUAGCUGUAAAUGAUCAGAUGAGGUACAAGAAUAAAAUUCGCUUCAAACAUU